AUGGGGGCUGGUGCUUAUUCACGUCUGCAGACUCACCAGGAUUUCGUUGUGUCUGGUGGGGGCUUAGGUGUUCAGGAUGUGAACUUUGAGGAUGUGGCCAUUGACUUCUCCCAGGAGGAAUGGGGGCUCCUUGACGAGACUCAGAGACUCCUGUACUGCGACGUGAUGCUGGAGACCUUUGCACUUGUAGCAUCUCUGGGUUGUCGGCAUGGGACGGAAGAUGAAGGGGCCCCUUCUGAGCAGACUGUGUCUGUAGGAGAGUCCCAGUUCAGGGCUUCUCAGGCAGGUCCAUCCACCCAUCCACGUGAGAUGUGUAUCCCAGCCUCGAAGGAUAUCUUGCACCAUGCUGAGCCCCAAGCAAGAUGUCCUUGGCAGAAGCCAUGCUUGGGUGGCACGUGUGUGAGAUGUUUCUCUUUCCAUGCAGACCUUCACCAGCAACAGAGGCAUGGCAGUGGGGAGAAGCCCUGGAAAAGGGAUGUGGACAGAGCCUCAUGUUUGAAGAGCUGCAACAUCUUUGUGUCAGGACAGCCUUUGACCUGUAGGAAGGUUGGCGAGGACUUCCCAGCCACCUCGGGACUUCUGCAGCACCAGACCACUCCCAACAGUGAGGAGCCACACAGGGGCAACCAGAGUGGGCAGGCCUUUCACAGUGGAAAAAGUCACUACAGCUGUUGUGAAUGUGAAAAAGCUGUCCGCCACAACCAUGCACUGGGUCAGCAUCAGAGUGUCUGCUCUGGAGAAGGGCUGUAUGAGUGUGGCAGAUGUGGGAAAACCUUCAGCUGCAACUACAGAUUGGUCUACAAAUCCAACUUCAUCGAGCACCAUAGAGUUCACACUAGAGAAAGGCCUUAUAAAUGCAGUGAAUGUGGGAAAUCCUUUAGACAAAGCUCUAGCCUUUUCCGACACCAGAGAGUUCACACUGGAGAAAAGCCAUAUAAUUGCAGCAAAUGCGGGAAAUCCUUUAGACAAAUCUUUAACCUCAUUCGGCAUAGGAGAGUUCACACUAGAGAAAUGCCUUAUGAGUGUAGUGACUGUGGGAAAUCUUUUAGCUGCAAAUCUGAACUCGUUCAACAUCAGAGAAUUCACAGUGGAGAAAGACCUUAUGAGUGCAGUGAAUGUGGGAAGUCCUUUAGACACCGCAAAUUUAUCCUUAUUCAACAUCAGAGAGUUCACACUGGAGAAAGACCUUAUGAGUGCAGUGAAUGUGGAAAAUCCUUUACCCGCAAAUCUGACCUCAUUCAACAUCAGAGGAUUCAUACUGGCACAAGACCUUACGAGUGCAAUGAAUGUGAGAAAUCUUUUAGGCAACGCUCUGGUCUUAUUCAACACCGGAGAGUUCAUUCUGGAGAAAAGCCAUAUGAGUGUGGGGAAUGUGGGAAAUCCUUUAGCCAAAGUGCAAGCCUUAUUCAGCACCAGAGAGUUCACACUGGAGAGAAGCCUUAUGUGUGUAUCGAAUGUGGGAAAACCUUUAGCCAAAGCUCUAGCCUCAUUCAACACCAGAGAGGUCACACUGGUGAAAGGCCUUAUGAGUGCAAUGAAUGUAGGAAACCCUUUACCCACAAAUCUGACCUCAUUCAACAUCAGAGAGUUCACACUGGAGAAAGGCCUUAUGAAUGCAAUGAAUGUGGGAAAUCAUUUAGCCGCAAAUCUAACCUCCUUAGACACCGGAGAGUGCAUACUGGAGAAAACCCUUAA